GUGCCACAAACUUUAUCCUGCAUGCAGAGUUUGUCAGCUAGGAGUUUGUACUUUACCUGCUGAAGGAGGAGGGAGGCGAAAGAUGAUGCUGAGCGUGUUGAAGUUUACGUGCGCCAUCGUGACCAGGGCGCUCUUUCUCUUCGUGUCGCUGGCGGGCGUCUGGCGGGUGACGUGGGUGAAGGGGAACAACAUCUUCUGGUUGCUCACGCUGCUCUUCUUGCCGCUCCUGUUGGAGAUGAUCGUCACCUUGAAGAGGAGGAAGGGACAAGAUUACAAAUGGUUUUCCCCUCCAAUCUUUCUUUUUCUUAUUAGUAUCAUUCCCUCCAUUUGGAUCCUGGAACUCCACUACCAGCAGGACAAAGCCAGCGACCCUAAGUGCAACAAGCUUAACUCUUGGGAGAAUGUGAAGAAAGUGAUCACUCCGAACGAAACCACAGGCACAAACCACACAUACCAGAACUACCUGGAGAACAUCAACCAGGCUUUGUGUUCCAAUGACUGGAUCCUCGCUCUUCAUCAGAUCUUGCUCAUCCUCCUCAUUGUGGGAAAGUGGCUCUUGCCCCUGGGUGGCGGCGUCACCAAAGACGAGCUCUCUCAGCUACUUUUGAUCUUCGUGGGCACUGCAGCGGAUAUCCUCGAAUUCACGAGCGAGACACUGUCAGAUGUCAAAGAGAACAGUCCUCAGUUGGUGUAUAUAAUCUUGGCCGUAUGGACAUGGAGCAUGCUGCAAUUUCCUCUACAUUUGGCAGUGGUGAACUCCAAAUCAGAUUCAGUAGACAACCAGGAUGUACAUGAGGCGUCCCUCCUGACCAAACACAGCACUGACAUUUGGAGUAUUGUGGAGGCCUUGUUUAUACAGGACGGGCCCUUCCUGAUGGUGCGCCUCACUGUCAUGACCUACUUCGACGUCUUCCACCAGAUGCUGGUCUUCUUUGCCAUCAAGAACUUUCUAGUAGUCAUUUUGAACGUGUACAGGCUGGCCGUCAUAUGCCAGGACUUCAGACUUUCCCGGAGUGGCACAGGUCUAGGCAGCAGCAUCCCGUAA